AUGACUCUUGGCAAGAAACGCUUCGCAAGGCCUCAGCUAAAGAUCAUCAUUCCAAAUCGCCUCCUGGAAGAGAUCAGAACACUACCAGAGGACCAAGUCUCGCUUAAGAAGGACCUCUACGAGAAAAUGCACGGUAGAUGGACUGAGUUCAUGGGAGACGAGAUACCCCUAGCCCGCGAGGUGGCCAAAAAGGAGUUGACCAACAACGUCAAUCUCCUUCUGUGCGAUAUGCAAGAAGAAGUCAACUACGCUCUAAACCGAGAGUUGCCCCGUUGCCAAAAUUGGACACGAAUUGUGAUCUUUCCUCACUUGAUGAAUGUCAGCGCUCUGUUCAAUGGUCGCUUCUUCGUAGGCGCCAUGGGGAGGGACAAGACUUGGAACGAGCUUGCGCUUGGGUUUGCACCUGAGGUUUUCAAAGCUGCGCAGGCUAUCAACCAGGUCAAAAAGUGGUUACGGCCUGUUGUGGCACCGUACCUGGUAAUGAAAUUGACGGACUACAAGGUCAAAGCAGGGGAAAUGCUGAGGCCGCAUAUCGAGGCCGCUCUUGAGACUCGUAAACAUGGCGCAGUUCUGGACGGCGGAGGCAGCGUGAUAAAGAGUGAUGAGAGAGGAGCUUGGAAUGCUAUUCCUUGGAUGUUGAACCACAUAGACACUUCCAGGACGAAGAUCGACCAGAUGGUACGUGACAUUACUCGCGAGCAGUUAUUUCUGGCUUCUGGAUCAAUUCGCCAAGUAGCCAUGAAUGUAUUCGAUAUCCUGUUUGAUCUCGCCUCACGUCCAGAAUAUAUACCGGAACUCCGCGCCGAGAUUGAUGAAGUGAUGGCAAAGGAGCCCGGACGCACAAUUCGAAAGAACAGCUUACCAAGGAUGCGGAAACUUGAUAGUCUCCUGAGAGAAAGCCAGCGAAUGAAUCCGGCAUCUGUAAAUCGGCGUGUCACAGCCCCCAACGGAGUCCGUCUGUCAACAGGGCACAUCCUUCCCUACGAUACGGCCCUCAGCUUCAUGCAUCCACAUGCUCCCUAUUCAACGCCGCCGCCAGAUCUGCCCCUUGUCGAUCCCGAACUGGCGAGUAAACAGCCGCCACUGACGGAGUUUUACCCCUUUCGCUACUCCGAGGCGCGAGAAAUGGACGGCGAAGACAACGAACACCAGUUCACACACACUGGACGGACAAAUCUGGCAUUUGGUUUUGGCAAAACUGCGUGUCCAGGUCGAUGGUUUGCCGCGGCUGAGAUUAAAAUCUUUCUCAUAGAGAUUCUGUCCAGCAUGUCGCCAGAAUACAAAACAAAUAUCGAAGCUUCAUCCAACUUCUCCAUGGAAUCACUGGGACAAUACGAAAGCGAGUCUCAGCCUAUUCGUACCAGCACAUGA